AUGCCCAAUGCUCCGGGGGGCGACCAACGAGAGCCAUGGAUGCAAUUCGGCGGGUUUUAUCGCCCAAUCAAUGAUCUCAGCCAAUUGUGGGUCGCUUCCCCCGGUGUCACCACCCAGGCUCUCCCUCCCACAAAGUCCGCACUGCCCAUUUCAGCGAGGCCAGUUGCAGUAGAUGACGGUAAUCGUGGAAAGAAGCGUCGUCGCAAAGCGUGGAGAUUCCUGGAUUACUUUAGAGGAUCACCAUCAUCAGCCAAGCGCAAUGUAUCGGUCCCGGCCACUGAAUCCUUCAUGAACGACCAAGUGCCUCUUCCUGAAUGGAAAGCAUAUGGCUAUUACGCUUGUCCAAGAGUUAACGGCGUCGUUGUAAGGAAUUCCUCACCGACGCCAGAGGCAUCACCUGUCGAUAUCCAGGAAAUGUUCGACUCUCUGCGCGGUGCCGACGGUGAUCACCCAGAGCGAUGGGUUUCUGGAACACAGCAUCCCGCGCUGCCGCCGCGUCCGACGAGGUGGAAGGAGCCCAACCCACAAGACCCGCUGCCCUUUCCAUGGGAAUGCCAGUUGAACCCCUUCCUUGAGCACCAACUUUUCGGGCCCAUGUCCUUGUGGUUCGACAUACGGGAGGACCCCUCGAUGCUCUGCUACGGCACCGUUGACACAAUGAUACCCCUCUCACCGGCGGACAGGAUGCAACCAGCGACCCACCCGUUCCUCACACACAUGUUCAUCAACGCGAUCGGCGACGACCCCAUCCAACCCUUCCUCUGGCCGUUUAUGGUGCGCAACCCGAAGGGCAUCAAAUGCGAGGAUGUGUACAACGCGGUGUACGAGAAUUUCCAGGAGUAUGUGUCGCAGUCAGAGUACGACGACUGGCCGCAGGUCCGGCAGGUACAGUGCACACAGGCAUACGGAGCGAGACAUUCUUCUCGAGGGAAUCGCGAGUCUGGGUUCGUGGAGGGGAUACGGAGGGUGGAUUAUCUCGGGGAUAAUAUAAUGUUUCGGGGCUUGGAACCUAAUCCAAAUAUUGACGGGUUCGCGAGCUUUAGGCUGCACCGCGUGCACGGCAGCUUUGACGAUUCUGCGCGGCAUGAUCAGAUUGCACUCUUCUUCAGACCUCGAGUGGAACAUACUACGUCCAACAGAGAUGGCACGUUUGGUUCGAUAGGUUAUGCCUUGUCGCGUUGGUAUAUCGGGCUCAGAGGAAUGUUGAUGUGGCCAGAGGACGUGCGGGAGGACGUUGCGGAAUUUCUUCUGUAUCUCGCGGAGCAGGACCUCGAUCACGCUGGGGCCGCACUUCAAAGCGCCAUCUUCGCGGUCUUGCAUCGCCCUGUCGCUGAGCUAGGGAGCAACCCGCACCUCAAGGUCACAGGGCUCUUGAUACUCUACGCACGUAUCCUCGAGAACAACGACAAGGGCGCGUUCGCGUACAAAGUGUAUAAUACGGCCUGGGAGUACCUUUCCGAGAUGAGGAAGCGGGCGCCGCUGACUGAGCCUGAGCUCAUACGGAUGAUGGCGAUCGCUGCGAAACUGGGGGUGCUGAGCGACGAUGCGGAGGUGGAGAUGAAGUGGAUGUCUUGGGCCGUGGAUGAGUGCAGGAAUUGGAAGCAGAGCCGUAAUGACGCGGGGAGCGACGAUGGAAGUGACAGUGUGGCGGCAUUGGCAGCUGCUAACCGGGAGUACUACGAGGAUGUUCGCCUUUCCCCCGAUCGGCCGUCGACACAGCUAGGGUUUCCGAGGGACCAUUGGAACAUGGACACCAUCAUGUUUUACCAUUAUUUCCCCCAGCCGCAAUGGGACGUUGAGUCCAACCCCCGCAUCGUGUUCUUCCUUAUGGGCCGCAUCCACGAACGACAGAAGCACCCAGCCCAAGCCUUAUCGUACUACUUCGAAGCACUCGAUGAACCCGACCCAUGCGCGGUGCAGAGCGGUAAAGAGCUCGCUGUGACCGAGACCGUCGCGAAGGUCGUGCGGAAGCACCCCAUCGCCUUCGGCCAUACUAAGAUCAUUGCUCAGAGCAUCACGGACUGCACCACCAGCAUCCUGGAAGACUGGGUAGCCGCCGGGGGGCAGGACUUAUCCCCCGGCACGACCGUCGAGGACACUAUAGAAAAGCUGAGGUACAGUGUGGACGUGAUCACGUCCUUCGCCAUCGUGUGCUUUGCGUGCACCAAGUCGCAUGAUAAGCAGCGGGUGCACAAGAUGAUGCUGCUGUUGAAGAAGCUCUUGGAUGCGAACCGCGAACUGGUCGCUCUGUUCAAUAGCAAGGUUCGGAAAGAGAUCGAAGAGAUGCAAAAGGCGAUUAAGCCCGUCCUCAAGGACUAG